CUCAACGACUCGUUGCCGCGUACGGCUUGCAAAAGUUUUGAUUAAUUUAACACUUUUUACCUCGCUGCGUUUUCCGUGUUUUUGUUUUAUAAUGUGCAGUAUCGACUUCGAGUACAAACGUAGCAUUAAGUUAAAAACAAGAGUAACCAUUGCUGGUUAAAAGCGACCCAUAAGCCAGAGGAGGAUCCGACCAAAAAACAAACGCAUUGGAUUACAAUUUGUGCUGGCCAAGCAAGCAACUAAAAAAAUAAGCGCAGAAGAGCAGAAAGUCAAAUACACACAUCUCUAAAAUGGUGGACUAUUAUAAAGUUUUGGAUGUGGCGCGGUCAGCUACCGACAGUGAAGUGAAAAAGGCAUAUCGAAAAUUAGCGCUGAAAUGGCACCCAGACAAGAACCCCGACAACCUGGAUGAGGCCAACAAACGCUUCCGCGAGCUGUCCGAAGCCUACGAAGUCCUAUCCGAUGCACGUAAGCGAAAGAUCUACGAUGCCCGUGCCACGCUGCACAAAUCCUCGACCACCGGAAGCAGCAGCAACAGCAGCUCCUACUCCCGCUACCGCAGCGGGAGCGGUGGAGCCUCGUCCUAUGGCCGGGACUACGACUACGACUACUAUCCGGGCUCGGGCUACGGAUCCGGUUCCGGUUCCGGCAGGCGGACCGGCAAUCGUUACCAGGCCUUCACCUUCCGCAACAUUUUCGAGGGCACUCCGUUCCACAAGCUGUUCGAAAAGAAGCGUCGCAUCUACGACGAGUACGGCAAGGAUGGGCUGGGUGAACGUGGCCAGAGUCGGUCGCAUGCCCGCCACCACUACAAUACACACGAUUUCGAUGACUUUGAUAUUAUGGGCGGCUUUCCAUUUGUCUUCCGCCCGCCAGAGGAGGUGUUCCGCGAGUUUUUCGGCGUGAACUCGCCCUUCGCCGACUUCUUCAGAGAUGCCAACGGAUAUUCGAAUGGCAGCACGAGCGGAUCGAGCAGCAGUCGACGCCAUGGGGGCAGCAGUGGAGCGUCUCGGCACCACCAUCAUCACCAACACAAAUUGGCCAGCCCGUUCGGGGCACCCAUGCUCAACUACUCGAUGAUGGACUUCUUCAUGCCCACCAGCGGCUUCACCUCGUUCUCGUCGAUGACGAGCGGCAAUGGCAGCAGCGGCGUCACCCACAUCUCCAGUGGCCCCAGCGCCGGUGUCAAGCGCACCUCCACCUCGACGGUGUUUGUCAAUGGCAAGAAACUGAUGACCAAGCGAGUCGUCGAAAACGGCAAGGAAACUGUCUUUUCUUAUGAAAAUGAUGUCCUUAAAUCAAAGACUGUGAAUGGAGUUUCCCAAAAGCUCUCUUCAAUAGCUAAUUAAUAAAAUCCACACAUAUAAAUAUAUAUAUAUAUAUCAAUAUCAGCAUCAGCAUCAGCACCGGCGUUGGCCGCAACAACAAUAACAGCAACAAAAAUCAAUCAAAGAAAAAGUCAUAAAUGUAAAGCAGAACAUUAACAAACCAAGAUGAACUCACUCGGAUUUCUUAAAUGCUUCGAUAUAUGAUACGUUUAACCAUUUUGUUCUACAUUAGAAUCUAGUUACUUUUAAUGGAACGAACAGCAGAAUAAAUGGAGCAGCAGCCAGCGAAGGACCAAGCAAAAGCUCACCAAAAGCAGCAGCAGCAUCAGCAGAAGCAGAAGCAUCAAGACCAAGCAACAAGGGACAGACAAAAACAAUUAUCAAAAUUCCUUGUCACAGCGAAAUUUAUUGUUUGAUGGUAGUCUUGCACAAAGCUCCUCAAAAUAAUUGCUCCGGUGGAAUAAAGCCAACACCAUCGGCAGCAGGAUCAACUGAAAAACACAACUGAAUAUGCUAAGCGCUUAAGCAAUUUAGCCAAUAAGUUCAAGGGCGGGCCAGGCUUGUAGAGCUGUUCGGAGCGAGUGUGUUUGGGUGUAUAUCUUUGGGGGGAUAAUUAUGUAUUUUUCGUGUAUGUAUCGUUAGUCACUUAAGUUGCCACAAUACUUACUAGGAAAUCGAAAACUAAAAAAACAAACAAUCUUAGCAAACUUGCAGAUAAACGAAAUUGAAAUGAAUUGAAUGGCUUUGCGUUAAUUUUUCUGUACAUUGUAAAGGAUGUGAAAUGAACUAUAUAAAACAUUUUUAAUUCUUUAGGAUGACUUUAAAUGUUUAUACGUAUUUCAUAACCUACCCUUUUUUAUUAAUUUUAAUGCCGUAUCCUUAGCGUAUAGUCGUUUUUUAAAUGCUUAAGACUAUUCUCACAUAACCUGCAAACGAAUUCGAGGAGAAAACAAACAAAAUUAAUCGUAACAUAAUCGCCCAUAAUUUAAUACUUUGUUUUAGUAGAGCCUCCAUAAUAAAAAUAAAAAGAAAAAAAAAACAUGAAAAUUGAAAUAUACAACAAAAUUGAAACAAUUAA